AGGCGCCCUAAGCGGUUCAACGUACAGUAGACUCUCAUGUAACGCGCCGAAAAUAUUGUGACUACGAUAUUAUAUGCAUCCAAAGAAAAUACGUGAAAGCAAACAUACAUCGACAUAACGUGAAUCUCUUCAACGGGUAAUAUAUAUAUUAUCGCGUUAUACAGAAGUCUCCUGGAAUUUGCCCGUCCAAUUCCGCGCUAUGUUAUUGAAGGUUGAGUUUCAAAGCCCUGACAGUCAGUUGUCGAUAUUCUUCCAUACAUCUACCACGUAGGAAUAAUUUAUAAGAAGCGCCUUGAACUCCUCAGCAACCCUGGAAACGGGAUCGUACGUUAUUAUAUUCCAAAGAUAAGAUUACUUCAUCGCUUUCCUGGAAAAUGGCGCGGAGGGGACUGAUCAAGCGUAGAAAAAGCUGUAGCAUCCCCAAGAAGUUCGUGUUUGAGGUACCAAAGAUCAGUGUUUCGUCGAUCACUCCGAAUACUUCGUUGUCCGUUGAGCGGCUCGGAAGACGGUACAGAGGACAGGUAGAUAAUGGGGCUGAGGUGAAGCAGAAGAGAAGGAUUAAGAAGCAACAUACGGCAUCUAAAAGAAAAAGUAAAAAAAAAUAUGUGAAACGCAAAGAGUCUGUAAUAUCUGAUAGCAGUUGGGAGACGAUCUUUGAGUUCAGAAAUGAUGAGAAGGAAAAUCUACAGCCUGGAAAGUCUUCUCCGAUCAUACUCCUAUUGUUCCAAAGUCGCCCAUCUCCAACCCAGAAACGGGUUCGCGAAGCUGAUUGCAACUAUGAUUUUCAUUUUGAUUUACUUGCUUCUCUGCGUGGCGAAGAUGCUGCGAGCCCAGUGAAGACAGACUUGGGGGAUUGCGUGAAAUCGUUGCACCUGAACGACCUCCCGAGUGUUCAUCCUCUUGUCAAUAGCAGUGAUGAAGAGACUGAUCUUCUGUUAACGAUUAAAUUUCAGGAAACCGCAACAAGCCGUUGAAGACUUAUCCAGGAGUAAGACAUCAACGGAAACCAAAAAUCAGUGUUCCCACAGACCUGGUCACAAGUCUGUUAAAUUUUGGCUGCGGGUAUUGGUUAUUCUUAAAUCGUUAACAUUCGCAACAUUAACAAUUUUUUGUUUUUUGUUUAUAAUAUUUGUAACUUCAUCAUAUAUCGAGCAUCGCGGGCCAGCUAUUUAUGAAGCCAAAUGUUUCCGAGCCGUAAAUAUUUCUGUAGAUAUAGAUUCAGUGUCAUCUUCGGAGCUCCCGUUUCAGUUCUCCCGAAAUCUGAAUCUGCAUCUUUGGCUGUAGGAAUCUGCGUCCAUUUUUUAGUCAACUUGUUAUAAUGUCCAUCUAUCGUAUAGUACGUAGUCUUCGGUGCUUUUCCACUGUCGAACCGAUGUACGUCUCCGUGUUCUUCGCGAGCCUUGUCUAUUAGCAAUGAGUCUUUUACAUUAAAAAAACUUCAAUUACAUUAAUUUUGUCCCAGACUUGCCUGUGCCAUAAUUAUUCUUUUUCCUUUUUGAGAAUGAUGUUACAUUCUGAUCACUAACUGGAGCAACGUAUUCGCGCAUUUCUUCAGCGUGUGUUCGAAGAUAUUCAUUCCAGAGCAUGUUUGCGAAUACUACAAAGCAUUUUACGUCAAUCAGCCACCUUGCACCCUUAUCAACACUGAUUUUUGGUUUGCGGCAAUGUCCCUCCCACCACUGCGGACGCCUUUGUCGGCCAAGGGUGUAGUGAAGUGCGGUUUAUGAAAGCGCUCCGGAAUCGAACGAUAUCGAUACGAAGCAUCGAUGGAUUAACCUUCUUUGAAUUUAUUUGACAACCAAUCUAGUCGGAGUUGGAUAUUUUGAAAAUCGUGGCCUUGGGUGUGAUUCCUCUAGUUCCGCCAGGAGCGUGUCAUGAAGAGGAGGCGCCCUAAAUGAUUCAACGUACAGUAGACUCUCAUAUAACGCGCCGAAAAUAUUGUGACUACGAUAUUAUAUGCAUACGAAGAAAAUACGCGAUAGCAAACCUAUAUAUCGACAUAUAUAUAUAUAUAACGUAAAUUUCUACAACGCGUAAUACAUUAUCGCGUUAUACAGGAGUCUACUGGAAUUUGCUUGACCAAUUCCGUACUGUGUUAUUGAAGGUUGAAUUUCGAAGACCUUGUCAGUCAGUUGCCGAUAUUCUUCCGUACUACUUCCACGUUGGUAUAAUUCAUAAGAAGCGCCUUGGACUCGUCGGCAACUCCGAAAGCGGGAUCGUACGUUGUUAUAUUCCAAAGACGGGAUUACUUCAUCUCCUUCCUGAAAAAUGGCGCGGAGGGGACUGAUCAAGAACAGAAAAAGCUGUAGCACCCCCAAAACUUUCAUAUCGGAUGUACCUAGCAUCAGUAUUUCGUCGAUCACUUCGAAUUCCUCUUCGUCCGUUGAACGGCUCAGAAGACGAUCCAAAAGACGGCUCAGAGAGCAGGUAGAUAAUGAAGCUGAGGGGGAGCAGAAGAAGAAGAAGAAGAAGAAGAAGAAGGAACAACAUGCGGUACCUAAAAGAAAAAGCAGAAAAGAACAUGUGAAACGCAAAGAGCCUGAAACAUCUGAUAGCAGUUGGGAGACGAUCUUGGAGUUCAGAAAUGAUGAGAAUCUACAGCCUAGAAAGUCUUCUCCGAUGACACCCCUAUUGCUUCAGAGUCGUCCGUCUCCAACCCUAGAACGAGUUCGCGAAGCUCAUUGCUUCUACAAUUUUCAUAUUGAUUCACCUCUUCCUCGGUACGACGAGAAUGCUGCGAGUCCGGUGAAGACAGACUUGGGGAAUGGCGUGGAAUUGUUGCACUUGAAGGACCUCCCAAGCGUUCAUCCUCUUGUCUAUAGCAGCGAUGAAGAGGAUGAUCUUCUGUUGACGAGAGACCACAACAAGCCGUUAAAGACUUAUCCAGGCGUAAGACAUCGACGGAAACCAAAAAUCAGUGUCGAUACGAGUAGACGGUGGCAUUAUGACGUAAAAUGGCCUACAGCAGUGGCUGACAUGCUCUGGGAUGAUUAUGUUCAGACGCACCCUGAAGAAAUGCGCGAAUACUGCGCCCCAGUUACUGAUCAAAAUGUGGCAUCAUUUCCGAAAAGGAAAAGGAAUAAUUAUGGUACAGAUAAGACUCCCGAAGAACACGGUGACCUAUAUCGGUUUGGCAAUGAAAAAACACCGAAGGAUACGUGCUAUAGGAUAAGUGGACAUUAUAACAAGUUCACCAAAAAAUGGACCCAGAUUCCGGAAGCCAAAGAUGCAGAUUCAGAUUUCGGAAGAACUAAAGCUGGAGCUCCAUGGAUGACCCUGAAUCAGUAUUUACGGAAAUGCAGAGAUCGGAAACAUUUGGCUUCAGAAAUGACUGAUCCGUCAUGCUCGAAAUAUGACGAAGCUACAAAUGUUACAAGUAGAAAACGGAAAAUUGUUAAUGUUGAGGAUGUCAACGAUUUAAGAAUGUCCAAAAGUUCCAAAAGACAACCUGUGAUUAGGUGUAUAGAAACAGGUAUCAGAUACAUAAGAAAAGGAUCUAAAUGGUUAAUCAAGCGUAGAUGAUGCUCUUGUACAAUUUUUUUUGGCAUAGUCACGAUACGUUGAAGUCGUAAAAUCGGUUGGAUCAUAAAAACAAUCAUGUUGCAGUACUCGCGACAAUGGACUUUGAUUGGAAUUUGAUUUGGUUGCAAGAUUUCAUUUUGAAUGUUCAUUCUUCCCUAAUUAAAAUAACGUGUCCGCCAUUAUACUGUGUACCUGAUUUUUGUUAGAAUUUACUCUUUUGGUUGCAUCGAGUCGUUGUUCGGUCGGUUGUUAUGAUAUCUGUUAUUUAUAAUAUUUAUGUUAUCGUUAUAAUCAUUAUUAUCAUUGAAUAUACAAUAAUUAUAUAUACCAUAUAUUGUUAUGCUUUGUAUAAUUGAAGGUUUUUAAAAUACAUUUCACAUAUCCUCCUCUGUA